GUUUUCUUUCAACUCUUUUAGAAUGACAGAGAGUUUAGCAAUUUGGAUACUUUCUGUACAGCAAACUGAUUUCCUUCAAACUACAUACAGCAAGAGAGACAGGUGUUUAGUGUUGCGAAGCAGAGCCCAUUGCUGCCCCCUUUUGUUUAGAUAUCAGUGUGACGAUGACCGAGAGAUUGACCAUUGAACUCUUCUUUGUCUCGCUGGUGGUUCUGCUACUGCUUCUGAUAAUUCUACUGCUUCUUUGCUGGAUCCUAAGACGCAGCAGAAGCAGGUGUGACUUGUUUGGCCAGAUGUUAACACAGCAAACAUACUUGGGUGCGGUCACACAGAAGCUCCAGGUGAUCUGACCUUUGACCCCAUCUGCACUGCAGACGACUCUGCAAAUUUAAGCUAAAUGGCUCCUGUAACCAGAAACUUCACAGAGCUGAAGCUCUCAAUGGGCGGAAUUACUCCUGUCCUGACCAUCAGAACCGAACAAGACCAUGCCGACCAGGUGAUGGACCGCAUGCUGGACCGAGUAUUCCUCCAGGUGAAAGCAGAUUCAGGAGACAAACUUGGAGUAGAACCCAGAGCAGAACCUGAAGAGGAAUUUGCAGAAGCAUCAGGAUCAGACCCAGAGGUUUCAACAGCUUCUCCUCCCAGCAGAGCAGUGAAUGUUGAAAACAUGGGACUGUGGAAGUGGGCCAUUCUAAGACCUCCCAAAGCCAGUCCUCCUCCUCCUCCUCCUCCUCUUCCCCCUCCUCCGUCUGUCGAUCAGGAUCAAUUUGACGUCCUCAGUGGUCAGCAGUCAAAUGUAUCCCGGGAUGCAUCACUCUUCUCUCAGGGUUCCUCAAACAGUUCCUCCAGCUAGAAGGAGCAAUAUGAUGUGUCACAGAAAUAAACCAAUGAACUGUAUAUGUGAGAACAAAAGACUUUUA